AUGGCGUCUUGUAAACGUGUUCCAGCGAUGUUCGACCCUGUGACAAAGCAAGUGUACUACGAUCCUCAAGCACAGUCACAAGUGAGCGGCGCUGGCCCUAACCAAGGCUUAGUAAUAACUGUGAUGCAAGACGUCAAGGUGGUGUCUACAAGCCGAGAGAGUAAAUCGGAGAACUUCGGAGUUAACUUAGGGUUAGGAGACACCACUCUGAUAGAACUGAAUUCACAAAAGGCUAAAAUCAGGGAAACCAGGCAGGAAAACCAUCAUCGAGUGAACAUGGAAAUUAAAAUGCCAGGAGAAUGUAGCGAGGGCUGCCGGGAACAGGCUUUCGAUAUUGCAAAAAAUGCGCUUUAUGGUGGAUCAAAACAGAAGCAAAUCAACUGA